CCAGGACCCACUGUGGACCCGCACCAAGGUGGGAAGGAAAGUGGCCUCAAGGGCCAGGGGAAGCCUGCUGGGGCCCUGCAGCAACCUGUGGGGAAAAUCCCUUGAGUCAACCAUGUCCCUCUUUUGUUUCUGAACUUUCUUCUAGGAAGUCCUCCUAGACUACCACCGAAGUCGGGCUAGGGCUAGCUGCUCGGCCUUGAACUCUGGGCAGGGCCCACCCCUUCUUGGGCAAAUCACUCCAUUUGUUAAAUGCGAGCCUGAGAUCCAGCUGGGAUAAAGGAACUGUGGGUCAUAAACCCCUUGGAAGGGCUUUUCCUUCCACCUCUUGGGGGGUGCCAAAGGCAGCCCAGGAGUGAGGAAUGAGGCCUGGGUGGCCGCCUGCAGCCCCCACUGGAAUCUCCCCUGCUCCUCCCUUCCAGAUUAACCGAAACCUGCUAAUUGUGGCUGCCCUCUGCAUGCUCCCCUCCCCCACCACCUAUUUCUACCUCCCUUUGCCUCCCCUCCCCUCCCCCUUCCAUCCGAAUGAUAAAGGGCUUGGCCCGCCUGCCCCCGCCUGGCCUCAGGCCCCAGCUCUGCCUCGUCACACUGCCCCAUUGCCCUGCGCCCACCACCUGGCCAGGCCCCUGCCCACGUUGCCUGCUUCCCCUGCAUGGGGCCCUGCAGCAACCCACGCCUGGGGCUCCCCGAGAGGGAGUCGCCCUCCCAGCCCCCCAAGAGGAGGAAGAAGAGAUAUCUGCGGCAUGACAAACCCCCGUACACCUACUUGGCCAUGAUCGCCCUGGUGAUCCAGGCUGCACCCUCCCGCAGGCUGAAGCUGGCCCAGAUCAUCCGUCAGGUCCAGGCUGUGUUCCCCUUCUUCAGGGAUGACUACGAGGGCUGGAAAGACUCCAUCCGCCACAACCUCUCCUCCAACCGGUGCUUCCACAAGGUGCCCAAGGAUCCUGCGAAGCCCCAGGCCAAGGGCAACUUCUGGGCGGUUGAUGUAAGCCUGAUCCCGGCCGAGGCGCUGCGGCUGCAGAACACGGCCCUGUGCCGGCGCUGGCAGAGCAAAGGUGAGGGCGCCUUCGCCAAGGACCUGGGCCCCUACGUGCUGCACGGCCGACCCUACCAGCCACCCAGUCCCCAGCCACCGCCCAGCGAGAGCUUCAGCAUAAAGUCUCUGUUAGGGAAUUCUCGGGAGGGGGCGCCACGGAGCAGCCCAAGUCGGUCAGGCUCAGUGAGCAAUCGGGAGGAAGAGGUACCCACUGCACUCCUGCCCUCUGAGAGGCCUCUGUGGCCCCUCUGCCCCCUCCCAGGGCCCAUGAGAGUGGAGGGGGAGACUUCCCAGGGUGGAACCAGCAGGCCCUCGCCCCUCUCCCCUGAUUCCAGAACAUGGCCCCUUCACUUACUGCAGGGUACCUCAGACCCAGGAGGGCUGUCUGGUGGAGGUCACAGGGCCUCGCUUUGGGGACAGCUGCCCACCUCCUACUUGCCCAUCUACACUCCCAAUGUGGUAAUGCCCUUGGCCCCACUACCACCCACCUCCUGCCCCCGGUGCCCACCCUCAACCAACCCCGCCUACUGGGGGGUGCCCCCUGAAACCCACAGCCCCCCAGGGGUGCUCUGGGAUCUAGAUGCCCUCUUCCAGGGGGUGCCACCCAAUAAGAGCAUCUACGAUGUGUGGGGUAGCCACCCCCGAGACCUGGCUGCCCCCAGCCCAGGCUGGCUCCUCUCCUGGUGCAGCCUGUGAGCCUCCCAGGGCAGGGGCAGCUUUCCUC